AUGGAAAAUGGCCUGAGGGCCAAGCUAGAGGAGCACAGAGAAGGGAAAGUGCCAGGAAGUGGGUUGUGCACGGGCCUGCAGGUGAAACCGGGAGCCUGCAGUUUGGACAAAGAGGAGCCGGUGAAGCCUGACUCAGCAGGGGGCGCAUGCCGGGCCUGGCCUGCGCCUGAGGGUCAAGUGCGGGAGCACCUGCCGGCCGAGCGCGCCGGGCCCCGAGGCCGCCCCCGACCCGCCGGGACGGGCUCCAGAUUUUGGCUACGGGAAGGGGGAGAUGCACUACGCAAGGCCCGCCAGGAGCCCAGGAGGCACAUUUUGGAGAUCGAUCAGCUUGAAGAUCUUGCAGAGGCCGAUCCGUUCUCCUUCAGAGAGUUUCUGAAAACCCAGAACCCGGGCCUGUCGGGAGAAGACACCGCCAACAACAGGAUUUAUUCAAAGGAACCCGCAAGGCACCUGCCGGGACUGGGCCGCAGCUCCCCAACCCCCCAGACCGUGGGGUACGGCCAGGCAUAGCAGCAGCCGUCUUUCGAGGACCCUACAGGGGCUGGUGACCUUCUGGACGAGGACGAGGGGUGGAUCGGGGCCUACUCGCCGGCCAGUGUGGACACGUACGGCUCCUCCUCCUCCUCCACCCCGUGGGAGCUGGUGGGGCCCGAGACCCUGCCCCCGUGGAUGCUGAGCGACCCUGACUCCCGCCUGCCUCUCUCUCCGGCGGGGAGCCCCGGCGCACACUUCGCGGCUCCCGGAGAGUCUCUGGGGGACAGGCGCCCGCGGACGCUGCAGAGACGCCACGAAGCGCUGAAAGCUGAAAAUCCUAGGCCGAGAGGAAAGCCGCCUGAGGUCCAGAGCUUCUCCGAAACUCAAGCAGAAACGGGGAGGACGCUGGAGCGGAAGCCGGAAGCGAAAACGAUAAAGGCGGAAAGUGACGGCCGAGAUCCGGAGUCAGUGGUCCCGCAGGGGCAGCAGCACCUGGCGCCGAUGACAAAACGGGCCGUAAGGGCGGGAGGUCCCAUCCUGAAACCGAAGCGGGACAGAAGCUCGCUGCAGGCCUAGGUCUCGAACUUCAAGCGCGAGAAGGCGGCCUUGCGGUCGGGCCAGGGCGCCGCGCUGCAGGGGGCGAGGCAGAACACCCACGUGGCCUCGCGGAACCUUCGCGUCCGCAGGAACAACGCCCACUCCUCCAUCAGGCAGCUGGUUUCUGGAGCUGAAGCGUUGAAUCGUGUUGCCGAAAUCCUUCAAUCCUUGGACAGAAUUUCCGAAAUGCAAGAUGAGGAAGAGGAGUCUUGAGAGCCGUGAGGUGCCUCCAGGUCGCAGCCCUGCUUCCGCCCGGCCGCCGCCGCUCGCUGGGCUUGAAAAUGCCUUUGUGUCUUUAAGUACGGGGUCCUCGGCCGUAG